AUGAUCCUUUCUCUCUUGUUUGGACAGCAACUUUCUUCUUCUUGGGUGCUAAUUCAAUUUAUCAGUACAAGGAAAAGCUUGGAGAGUUUCAACCUGAAUCAUGGUCAAGAAUUAGUGUGUUUUCAGAGUUUCAGAAAUUCUAGGAUCAAGGAGAAGAAGGAUGAGGCUGAGUUAAGUUUUAUUUUGAUUGUUCUUUUGCCAUUCUUUGGCCUUUCUGGCAGGUGUGAUAACAUGACCAGAAGUCUGUCACGGGGAAGGCUUCAAAUUUUAAAGGAGAAAAAGCAUAAAGAUAGAUCAAAGAUUGGAAGUCUGGCCCUGGGGAGGUUGAAGUUGUCUUGUCACUAUUAG